CCAACGGCUACUUACAGAGAGCCAAAUUUAAAACUUAACGACUCCUUCGCUCUUCAAACUCUCCUUCUCUGACCAAAUCUCGCUUCCGCUGCCGCUCACGCAACCGCACACUCCUCCUCUCUCCCUCUCUCGUUCGCUCUGCGGAAAUGGAAGAAGAAACUCAGAGUGUGGGGAUUGAAGGCGGCCACGAAGGCGGGGACGAGUUCUACGAGAAGAUCCAGGCCCCCAAGUUCGUUGAUUUUACCGAAUCCGACCCGCACCGACCCGACGACCGGUACUGGUUCUGCAUGCGAGUCGGAUGUGAUCAGAAGCAUGAAGUAGAAUUGGACUCUGAAGCAAUUUACAAGAACUUCGUUCUUCGGGUUAUGGCAGCAAGAAGUCCUAAUGUGAAACUUAGAAAAGCAUUGGCCAGAAAAGCACCAAGUUUGAAAUGCCCACUUACAGCUCCUGCAAAAUCCUCCAAGCCUCGAGUAUCAAGGUUGGCCCUGAUUUCUUCCUUCUCUCAUAAGAUGGCUGAUACCGAAAAUAGAGCCAGAAAACCUCUUCAUAAGAUCUGUGCAACACCAAAUGUUAAAGCAAAGAAACCGACUGCUGUGUCCAAGGCUCUCACUACUCAAAGAAAUCAGAAGCCCGUCUCAAAUUCAGAAACAUUUCAAAGUGUUAGGAACCCCAAACUGAAGAACAUUGUGGUCCCAAAGAAUAGGCCGGUAGCCAAAGCUCUGGUCUUUCACUCUCCGAAGAAGCCUGUGAGAACCAAGGCUUCAAUGGAGCGGAGUAGUCCUGUGGGAAAAAUUUGUUCAGCUAUGAAGAAACUUGAGAUCACAAGUGGGAAGAAACAUGUUUUAGGGUAUAACAAGCCGUUGCCCUUAGAUACCUCAAGAAAACAGUUUAGAGGGCGAGAGGUCAAAAGCCGGGUUUUUGAUUCUUUGCGUUCUAAUAAUUGCAAGGGCCAGGAAGCCAAAUCUUCGAAGAGAAAGAACAUGGAAAAAGACUUGAAACAACAUUGUGAUCCUGCACCUCGUGAAGAGGUUGAUGAUAAUGAUUCCAGUGACAUGGAAGUUGAUAAAAAAUCAAGGAAAGGUACAUUGGAAGGGUUCUCCAUGUCAGCGACUUCUCAGAGUGGUAGACUGAAUGGUGAGAAUCAAGUUGAAAUCCUAUCCGAGACCUUGAACGGUGAUACUACCUCCUUGUCAGGUUCUGAAGAGAGGGAUUCGAAAGAGAAUUACAAUAAGGAAAAUGCCAAUAAUGGAAACGGUUAUGAAGAGAAAACAAAGUUAAGAUCAGAGAAGAGGAACACCCUUGAACAAGUUGAUGACGAUGAUGAUAAAGAAAAUAAUACAGCCUCUGAUGAGAACAGAGAACUGAAUAUCAAUGAUCAUUCCAAGAGGAUAAAUCUCGGCAAGCAUGAUGCUUCAAAAAAGUUACAGAAGGUCAAUCAAGCAGAUAAGAUUCCGAAAGAAAGCUCCACAUCUGCUGCCAGCAAUGAUCAAGGGGUGAAGUAUAGGAAACCGAAGCCUACAAAUCCCAAGCCUUUUAGGUUUAGAACCGAUGAAAGAGGGAUGCUUAAGGAAGCAACUUCGGAGAAAAAAGUUCAUGCACUGCUGAAGGAGAUCACAUUAGUCGGGACUCCAGGGGCAAAGUCCACAAGCAAACAUCAGAAUGUGAUACAGAUAACUAAAAAUUGCCUUGGACAAAGUGAACGUGAAAAUGAUACCCAGGGACACUGUGAAAAGAGAUCAGACAGAAGAACACGACUGGAAGAAAAUGGUAUGAAGGGAGCUACUUGUUUGAAGACCCCAAAAGCAGACUUUGAACGAAAAGCAUCUGUGGUUACUCCAAUAAGACGUAAAGUUUCUACAUACGAAAAGGAAAGGGCGAGCCCUGAGAGAGUACACAAAUCAAAGGAAAGGACUAAAUCACCAAUGGUGCAGCAAAGAUCUGUGACACGGAGAGGGUGUCAUUUAUCAUCUCAAAUGACAGAGGAUGUGUGUUCAUCAAAACUUAAUCGUACUAGCCUUCUCUUUUGCAGGGUAGGUUCAAGUAGAAAGAAGGCAGUGGUUUCCUCCAGGACACCUUGUCAGCUUAGUGUAAUAAAGGAAACUUCAUCAAGAAAGAUAAGACCCAAGAAAGGUUCCGCUUCUUCCCCGGCAACCAAAGGUUCCGCUUCUUCCCCUUCCAGGUCAUUGUCAAGAGGACGAAGGCCUACAACUGUUCCCAAAAACGACUCUUUGGAUGUACCGAAGGCCUGCGCAGGGCUGCACAAGGAAAACGACUCUUUGAAUGAACAGCAAAAUUAGUCUUGUUUUGUUGUGUGAUAUCUGGUUUGUUCAAUAAUAUCAUUGAAUUGUAUUUGGUUGCGGGAAUUGUCUAUUUCCUUGGAAGCAAAAGGGUGUAUUGAACAUGAGAGGCUUGAAUUGUAUUUAUUCAUUCAAAGGAAACAUGCAAUAUUUAGGGAACCUCGACAGUACGAGGAACUUGUCUUUCUUCAUUA